AUGCAGGCCGACGAUAUCACGUGGAAUAUCCUCAACAAGGGGCAUUGUUCUUACAAAACAAAAGUGAAGGUGAAGACGUUUUGCCGAAAUGAGUACAACUUGACGGGAAUUUGCAAUCGAGCCUCGUGCCCUUUGGCCAACAGUCAAUACGCGACGGUUCGUGAAGAAAAUGGCGUCUGCUACCUGUACUGCAAAGUCGUUGAGAGAAGUCACUACCCUCGGCGAUUAUGGGAGAAGACAAAGCUCAGCCGAAACAUGGCUACGGCGAUCAAGCAAAUAUCGGACCAACUCAUUCACUGGUCCGAGUUCGUGCGACAAAAAUGCAAGGCUCGUCUCGUGCGAAUCCACCAAUAUCUCAUUCGAAUGCGCAAAAUGAAAUUGAAAGGCCGGCAACAAAAGAUUAUUCCAAUUCAGACAAAGAUCGAACGUCGCGAGAAACGCAGAGAAGAAAAAGCGCUCAUCGCUGCUAAAUUGGACACGGCCAUUGAGAAGGAGCUGCUUCAGCGUCUGAAGCAAGGCACUUAUGGCGACAUUUACAACUUCCGCCAAGAAGCGUUCGAGCAAAUGUUGGAAGAAGGUGAGAGGGAACUUGAAAUGGAGCAUGAAUUGGAAGAGGAUGAUGAGCAAACUGGUCAAACGCAGUUCGUUGCCGAUUUCGAGAGCUCGGAUGAAGAAGGGGACAUCGAGAAUGCUGAAGAACAUUGGACUCCGCCAGACACGGAUUCGGAAGAAGGGGAAUGGGAAGGGCCAGAAGAAGAUAGUGAUGAUGACAAUGAUGAGGAAAUGGAUAUAGGAGAAGAGAACGAAAUGGAUCAGGCUGAAUUCAGUGGCGAUGGAUCAGAUGGAGAAGAAAUCGAUGAAACACCUGUUAAGAAGAUUGCUUCCAAACCAGCGGCCAAAGAUGCUUCUAAGGGAAAACAAAAGAAAAGAGUCUCUUUCGAUCUCCCACCAAAGAAAAAGUCAACUAAGAAGGCGCAACGAUCUAGGAUUGAAAUCGAGUACGAACAAGAGCCGACGGUGCAGAAGCAAAAGAUUCGACACCAUGAUUUU